UAUUCAGAUAUUGAUGGUCUGGAUGUUGUGACAGGGUAACUGUUUUGGUUGGCUCCAAGUAUUGCAUUUCCAAUCACACCCAGUCAAUAAUGACUGCAAUAAUGAAGGUGGUCUGGCUCCAUCUGUUGGUUGCAAGUGCAGUAUUUCUCCAGUUAGGCUAAAAUAAUUAGUUACCAUUUCUUCUUCUAGAUUGAGAGUGUUAAUGGUUCAGAUGGAUUAAAAGGGAGACUGCAAUCCACUUCUUUAGCCUAUUUAUGCUCAUUGGAAAUUAAGCCAACCCAUUUUCAAAGUAGAGUGAUUAGAAUGGUUAUAGUACUGUAGAUGUAUUUUAUAAUCCGAUUAAUAGUAAAUAUCAUCACCACACCAAGUUUUUGCCUAUAUCUAGGCCUAUCUGAUCUAGUCUGGGUUAUCGAGACGAAAUUAAAAGUUGUAGUUCACAGAAUCAACACUAGAGCUGAAGUCCACAGUGUCAUUUUGGUGCAUCACGGCCACCGUAGGGGUGAGAAGAUUGUCACAUGAUAGCAGGCGGUUUUAUGUCAACAAGGUUUCGAAAAAGUCGACAGGAUGGAUUUUCCCAAUGCUAGAUAAUUUUCACAGACUUGUAGGCAGGCGGCUGUUUGUUCGUGCAGAUGUCCUUCUGUCUGUCAUCUAAGGAUGUCCACCACACCAGGUAGUCAGUCCACCCUCGUGCACCAGCUGUCCACACUGCUGAAAAACAAUGGUGACUGUGUGCUGGACGGCAGUAGCACCCUGACCCUGCAGGUGGGCCACCUGCAGCACCUGACCCGUCUGUUUGAGCAGUAUCUGAUCUCGCGCACGCACCAACAUGGCUUCCUGGCCCUCCCGUCCCACCCCGCCGACACUGCCUCCCUCCUCCAGCUGCAGUUCCUGUUUGAUGUGCUACAGAAGACCCUCUCCCUCAAGCUCGUCAACCCUCCUGGAUCAAGACUGCAGUCUGUAGUGAAAAUCUUCCCCUUUAAGUGUCUCAAGCACUUGGAGCUAAAGCGUAUCCCACCCCACUGUCUGGAGGGGCUGCGGGGGGUGUACUCACAGCUGGAGGUCUUCACCUGCUCCAAGAGCCUCAGCUCCCUGGAGGAGCUUCUGUCACUGUGUGGUGGAGACCUUAGUUCUGCUUUGCCAUGGCUGGACCUGCACACGCUCAACUUCAGCUACAACUCCAUCUCCUGUCUGGACGAAUCACUGAGUUUGCUGAACGUUCUCAAGUCCCUGGACCUGAGCCACAACAAGAUCCAGGACUGUGCUGAGUUCCUGAAGCCUCUGAGUGAGUUGGAACAUCUGAACCUUGCCUAUAAUAACCUCCAGAGGGCGCCACAGCUGGGCCUUAGCGCCAGGGUCAAACUGAGCGUGCUCAUACUACGCAACAAUGAGCUAGAAACCAUUAACGGGGUGGAGCUGCUGAGCUCCCUGCAGCACCUGGACCUGGCCUACAACCUGCUGCUGGAGCACUCCCAGCUGGCCCCCCUCUCCCUGCUGCACUGCCUCAACACGUUGGUUUUGGAAGGCAAUCCGCUGUUCUUCCAGAAGACCCAUCGCUCGUCCACUGUACGACACCUCUCCCCCAGGGCUGCUUUCCAGCGGUUUCGACUGGACGGCGCCCUGCUCUCUACCUCAGAACUGGCGGUGCUGCCCAAAGCUGGACAGCUGAUUGGUCAGAUGGCACAGGCCACCGCCCCGGCCACGGUUUCCGCGGCGAUGGAGCGCGGCUCACAGGAGUUCUCGAGCGGAGGAGGAGAGCUGAGUGACAGCAUGUCCGUGAGCGAGGUGGCAGUGUCCCGUCUGCGCAAGAAGAAGUCAAAGGGGAAAGUGAAGGUGCGUAGGGCCAGCAUCUCGGAGCCCAGCGACACAGACCACGAGCCGAGAGUGGGCCCUUCUCUACAGGACAUCGUGCUCCACCACCAGAAGGACAUUGAGCGCAUGGACAGCUUCCGAGAUCAGCUGGGCGAGGACUGGCUCCGCUACCAGCACCACCUGGAGACCCCCGUCCCCCCCACCACCACCAACACCACCCCCACCCCCACCACUGCCCCUGCCCAGCUCCCUGCCUCCAGCACCCCCAACACCACCACCACCACCAUCCCAGUCACCCCACUGGUCAUCCCCAAUGGCCGCUGCUCCCCAUCCCCCUCGCCGCUGGAGGCGCACACCCCGGAGAAGACGGCCCUGACGGAGGCGCUGGACUGCGUCUCCCCCGUGUCCCCCCUGCUGACGUCGGAGCCCAGGGAUGGUGGCGGCGAGCCCGAGGUGGACGGCGAGACCAUGGAGGCCGAGACGGAGUCCACGCUGCGCUGGGGGGAGCACAGCCAGGACUCGCGCUCCAUCUCCACCCUGGAGAGGAGCGUCCCGGACACCAGCGCCGCCGCCGUCGUCACGCCGACAACGCCAGCAGAGGAGGAUAGGGAAGAGGAAGAAGAGGAGGAGGAAGAUCAGGGAGUGGACCUGUGCCUGCCACUUCUAGUGGGUGUAGUGAGCGAGGAUGAGGAUGGCGAGACAGGGAAGGCCCAGGGCCCAGUGUUCCUGCGCGUCCGGCAGGGCCUGCUGCUGGAGGUGGACAUGCAGCGAGGACGCGUCCGCCGCAGGGUGGAGCUGGACAGCCUGCAGCAGAUCACCAGCACACAGCAGCCCUGGGGCGACCAGGAGGACGGCGAGAGUCUCCCGGCUCUAAAGCUGCGCUUCAGCUUCAUCCUCCGCGAGCGGCGCCAGCGGUGCUACGUCAUGCUGGACGAAAACCCCCAGCAGGCUUUGCAGGAUCUGCUGGACAUCCUGUCGCGGGUGGUGGAGGAGAACGUCCAGCGGGUGGAGGAGAGUCGUCCGCGGGACCUCCGGCUGCAGUGUCUGCGCUGCCGGGCCGAGUUCAGCCGGCGUGGGCCGCAGGGCGUCGUCGGGGCCUCUGACCGGCUGGACGGCGGUCAGGAGCUCCAGGGAUGCAGCGACGAGGGAGAGGAGGAGAAGAAGGACGAGGAGACGGAGGGAGCAAAGGAGGACGAACGCACAGGAAAGAAUGCAGCUGGAAGUGAACUGGUUUGCCCAGAAUGCAAUAGUGACCAUGUGAUCCAGCUCGCUGGCCAAUCGGCACCCUCCACCAGUACGCCAGUCUCCAGUGAUGUUGAGGAGGGCGGCGAGAAAAGACGCUUCAAUUUUGAUGAUACUGACACCCCUAAGAAACCUCCCGGAGUCAUAAGUAACCUCGAGAGCCAGAUUGAAUCCUCAUUGACCAGCAGUGGUCACCUGACACAGGAAGUGACGAAAACAGAAGGAGAGCAGACUGACACUUUCAUGACCGCUACCAGCGGCGGCCUGUCCGGGGCCGAGCCUCGGGACGAGGACAACGGCUGGGCUGACCAGAGCACUUCCCAGCCCAUUAGCUACCACACGGCGGACGGAGGCGGAACGGACCUCAGCUCCACCACCGAGAGCCAGGAGGAGCAGGAGCAGGAGCUGGCCGGCAGCUACCGCUACAGCGCCCUGCAGGAGUCCCAGGCCGACAGCUCAGACAGGGCCAGCCCCACCCAGUUCGACCUGCUGUCAGAGGACUUUGAGGCUGUAGACCAUCGACUCAAGCUCUUCCUGGAUGUGGAGGUCUUCGAGGCCGAGGAGGAGCUGCACAGCUUCCUGAAGAUGUCCACAGUGAAGUUUGGAGACCCCGUGGAGUUCCCAUCCCUGCUGGUGGUGUCGGACCAGUGCAUCUACAUCCUGGAGAUCACCUCUGAGGCACAAGGCCCGCCAUCUGAUUGGAUGCAGAAGCGGUCCAGGCACCGUCUGUGUGAGCUGAGCUACCUGGAGGUGGGGCUGGGCUCCCAGAGCAUCCACAUGGAGUUUGCAGACGGGGGCUCCGCCUACACCCUGCUGGUGAGGGACAGCAGCCGCUGCAAGCGCUUCUUCAGCCGCCUCACAGGCAUUGUGAGGGAACUGGCCCCGAGGGCGGACAGUAAACUCCAGGGCAUCUCCACCACGCGUCUCACUCCACACCACCACCUGUGGCCACUGGUGAGUGAAGGCCAGCAGUCGCAGGAGGGCGAGGACGACUGUCAGCCCCAGUUCCUCUACGUGUUGGCGUUUGUGUGCCAAGAUCACUCCUUGACCCCUGUCACUGUGUUGGCCACGCGGGAAACCCUGUACCUGGUGGACGAGGACCAUCAGUGGAGCAAGAGUCAACUCCCAGAGCCCACGUCCAGUCAGGAUGGAGAGGAGCCCUGUGGGCGGGUCACCAUCCGAGAGACUCAGCCAAUCAGCUGCGUCAGCUCCGUGCAUCUCUUCUCCUCCAAUCCCUGCCGGGUGGACGUCAAGCUUUACGACGAGGUGCUGAAGCAGGAGCGCUCGUGGGCGCUGCAGACGGAGUGUGGCGAGCGGGUGGAGGCUCUGGUGGAGUGGGUGCGCACGCAGUGGGAGGCCAUGUUUGGGGUCAAACUGACCACCAGCAUCCAGGAGCUGCCCAGCUGAGAUGCCCGUCCUCAUCAGCCCCCCCUCAACCCCCCCCCCCCCCCCCGUACAGUACUCCCUCUGUCUCUUUCACCUUCUUCUCAACCCCCCCGUACAGUAUUCCCUCUCUGUCUCUUUCACCUUCUUCUCAUCCCUCAUGCCACUUUUCUUUCUCCAUCCAUCUAUCAUUUGUGUGUCUCUCUCUCUCUCUUUGUGCUAUCAAACAUACUAAAACUUUCUUUCUUUCUUUCUUUCUUUCUUUCUUUUCUCAUUGUGUCUACCUCUUCCACCACUCUCUACCUCUUUUUGUUGUUCACUUGACUCUGUCCCUCUCUCCAUGUCGGCCUGUCCAGCCAUCUCAUUUGCUUGCCUAGUAUGUCCCUUGAUCCAUCUUCUUUUUUUCUAGGCUUACUUCUCCCCUGUCCAUUCUCUCUCUCUGUGUAUCGCUCCGUCUCUCACUCCCUCUUUUUCUCCCUCUCUCCCUCUCUCCCUCCGUCUUUCUAAUACCCACCUUCCUGCCAAUCCCCCCCUUUUUAAUAAAAGCUGAUCUGUUGUACUUGGCAACAGGAAACAGCCAAAAACCGCUCACAUGAAAUGGCUCACUGGACGCGACCUGGGCGAAGGCCCACGCAGCGAAAUGCACUGCACGCUCUCUCUGCCGCGCUCUCGCAGAGCUCCGUGCCUUACCGACUGGGCCCUGCUCUGCUUGCUGUCUACCAAUGCACCUUAUGGAACCUCUGCUCGAAAAUGACCUGGGAAUGGAAAGAUGAGGGAAUGUCCAUGUCAACAAUGGACACUGCGUUAUUUCAGGGACUGUGUGUGUGUGUGUGUGGACGUGUGUCGUGUGUUUGCAUGGGUAACGGUCUGUGUGAGUCGUUUUUUUUUUUGCGUGUGUGUGUAUCGAUCUUGAAACCUGCCGAGCCAGUGAUAGCGGGCACUGGGUGAAGAAGCAUGGCAUCAUCAGCCCCAGGGUAGUCGCUGGCAUCCGCCUGAGCGGAGGAUUUGGGCUGAUGAAGCUGACUCACACAGCUUUUUACGGGAAAUAUUUUCUGUUUGCUUUUAGUCAUUUUGUCACUCUGUGCUUUUUACAUGUUGUUGUUCUUUUUUUUAGAGCCCCAACUCAUGCACACAUGCAUUCAGAGUUUAUGUGAAAACAUCGGUGACUGCAUAUGAAAGGGUGUUAGCUGGAUGUUUUAAUGGACAGAUAUGCGUUACUAAAAUAGUACAUAGACGACUGUUUGUAAAAAGGGAAUGAUCACCUUGGUGGGUAUCACUCAGUAUUAAUGUUUGCCCACCAUGUAUUACAAGUUUAAUUUAGUGUUUGUGCCAAGUAUAACUUGUAAUAAUUGCACUGCAACAGUUUGGUAAUGUUUUCAGAAAUGUAAAAAAGGUAACUGAAAAAGGUAACUGUGAUGACCGCUCUUGCCCUAUGGAACUUCCACUGAACUUCCACUGCGUCAGUGUGGUUUCUAUUUAUUUUUCUGUGGCCGUAAAAUUUGUGUCAAGUGAGUGUUAAUAAUGCUUUUUUUUAUUUUGUUAUAUGAAUAAUAAAAAAUGGCCUAUCUUGUG